AUGAAGCGCGGUGUCACGAUACAUGGCUUAAGCGUUCAACUUAGCCAAGAUAGCAUCAGUGAACUCGGUGGUGGUAGCAGUACCACCAAUGUCCUUGGUUCUGGUGGAACCUUCAGCAAUGACAUCGUAAGUGGCUUGGGAGAUCUUGUCGGCGUACUCGUUCAAGCCCAAGUGUCUCAACAUCAUGGUGGCAGACAAAAUCAUAGCGGUUGGGUUGGCGGUGUUUUGGCCCUUGAUGUCCAAACCAACGUGUCUGCAACCUGGCUCGAAAACGGCGUAUUCUCUACCGAAGUUGGCACCUGGAACCAAACCUGGACCACCAAUCAAGGCAGCACCAAUGUUGGAAAGAAUAGAACCGUACAAGUUUGGAGUCACCAAAACGUCAAACUGUUGAGGCUUGGCAACGGCUUGCAUAGAAGCAUUGUCGACAAUCAAGUCGUUGACUUCGAUGCCUGGGUAGUCCUGGCCGACGUCCUUGACGGUUUGUCUGAACAAACCGUCACCCAACUUCAUGAUGUUGGCCUUGUGGAUGGCAGUAACCAACUUUCUGUUGUUCUUCUUGGCAAAGUCAAAGGCGAACUUGGCAAUUCUCUCAGACUUGAAUCUGGUCAUGAUCUUCAAGGACUCAACGACACCUGGAACAGACUGGUGCUCCAAGCCAGAGUAUUCACCUUCGGUGUUUUCUCUGACCAAGGCAAAGUCAACGCCGUCCAAUCUGGACUUGACACCUGGGAUGUUCUUGAUCAAAACCAAAGAAGCGUAGAUGUCCAACUCCUUUCUCAAGGCAACGUUCAAAGAUCUGGCAGUGGUGUUGGUAGGGGUGUACAAGAUACCUUUCAAACCAAUCUUGUUUCUCUUCAAAGAUUGGACGGCCUCGGUGACACCUUGGUUGUCUUCGGUCAAACCGGAAACAUCAACAAUUUCCCAUUCGAUUGGGACACGUUGGUCCUUGAAGAUGGUUUGCACAGAGUCGGUGAUUUCCUUACCAAUACCGUCACCUGGAAUCAAAGUGACAGUGUAGGUACCGCCAUACUUCUUUGGCAACACGGACUCUGGAGAUGCAAAGGUGGCAAGAGUACGGACCUGCGAAGGUUAGUAUUUGAUUGGGACAUUUUGGACCGUGUUCCUGGCGUUCCGAACAAGUUGAUUAAAAGCCGUCGAAGAGUCUCUUUGAGCCUUUUUGAGUCUCUUAGAGUCUCAUUGUGCUGGCGAAUGGUAUCGCCAACCCUUAGCAAGACAGGACAGUGGCAAAACGAAAAGAAUUGCCGAAAACACAGACGGACUUUAUUAGGGGCCUUUAUAAGUGAAUCGUACCGUCAACUUCAUUAA